AUGCAGUUCUCUACCAUCCUCUCCCUCCUCGCCGUUGCCGGCAUGACCGUGGCUGCCCCUCCUGUCGUCCGCCCCCAAUCCAAUAACAAUGGUGUCCUCGGCCUGAAUGUCGCAGAUACCACAGUCCCCGUCGACGUUGAUAUCCCCAUCCAGGGCAACAACGUUGCCAACAACGUCGCCAACGGUUUGCUCGAGGGCGGCGCGAACCUCGACCACACCGUGGACGGUCCGUUGAACGUUGCUGCGCUUGGCGAAGCAGAUCAGGUUGCCCCCAAGGGCGUAUUGCCGCCUUUCUAG